AUUAAUCACACCCUAACGAUGGCGAAGGAAAACACAUUUUCUGUCCGUUUAAAAAUUGUUCCGUCAGAACUUUUUUUUCCUAGGACCAUUGAUAUCAAAGACUGAAACAGUCUCUCCCUGAACACUGUAUAGAUAGUGUCUCUUCCCUAAAUUGAUAACUCAACAUACUACUGUCAUACAAACUCACACAUUCACUAUAUCACACUAUUCUUUCACUUACAAUCACACUUUCCCUCACGAAGUUUGCCAUAAUUCUCAUCAUGUUGAAGAUGGGCACUGACAAAGUAUGCAGGGCACCUCUGCAUCUGAGAUUCAAAAUGCUGUGGACAACAUGGUUGAGUCAACUGUCGUUGUCUUGACGACAGAAACUGAAGGAGAAACAAAUGACACAGUACAAAUCCAGACCAUGGCUUUGUUGGAGUCUGCUGUUGCUAUGGAAAAUGGGUCAUCUGACCAGGUCAUACAGGUGAUUCCCAUACAGGAUGCCAACACCCAGGAAAUACAGAUUAUAGAAAUGCAACAGUCAGAUCUGAGUGAUCUAAGUCAAACUACUGGGUCACAGGUCUUAGAGGUAUUUCCAAAAACUGGAACAUCACUUCUUCAACCUAAUCAGGGCAACCAAAUACUCAUCCAGCCUCUGGUUGAUGAUAAGAAAGAUAUUGUGGAGAAGAAGAUCAUAAAAAAGGAAGUAGAUGAGGGAAAGGCUGUGAUUGAAGAUAGUCAUCCCGUAAGAAGAUCUGGGAGGUUACCAGCUAGGCGAAGGAUUGUUCCAUCAAAAUACAGAGACUACAGAAACCCUGAUACUGUUGGUGAGGAUAAUAUAGAUGGUGAUGAUGAUGAAGAUUUCUCUCCAGAAAUGUCAGCUCUGUCAGAUAGCAAGAGGAUCCACACGUACUCACAGAAAGGCAAACGUGGGAGGCCAAGGAAAUACCCUCAUUUGUAUGAAAUUCACAACAAAGUUAUACCUCCUGCAGUUGAGGUGAUGGAAGUGGAACAAUCGUCUAGUCUCCCAGUUAUUACAACCAAUGAGACAGAAUCAAUACAAGCUAAUGAUCGAAGGGAGACAACCUCAGAAUCUGAUAUCAAAAUAGCUGCAGAGGCAUCAGAACAGAGUAUUACUUCAGGCAGUUUACUUCAGCACCCAGAAGGAGGGAAGGGAGACAAUCAGACAGAUAAUACCUUUCAGCAUCCAGAAGGAGGGAAGGUGGAUGAUCAGACAGAUAUUUCAUUUCAGUGUUCAGAAGAAGGGAAGGGUGAUGGUCAGAUGGAGCAGCCAAAGACAGCCAAAAUGGAGAAAGUCAGCACAUCCACACAGAGUAUCUUCAGUACAAGGAUGCGUAGCUCCAGGAUACAGGACUCCAAAUGUCCCACAUGUAACAAGAUCUUCUCUUCUAAAGGCAACAUGAAGACCCACAUGUUAAUACAUGCUGGAAUGAAGCCAUUCUCCUGUGAUUUUCUGAACUGUUCCAAGGUUUUCAGGAGUAAUGAGACGUUGAGGAGACACAAGCUAGCACACAUGGGAAUCAAGUCGUUUCAGUGUUCAUUCUGCAGUAAGAAGUUUGCCAGCAGUGUCAGUCUACAGGAACACAUGUGUAGACAUACAGACGCUCGUCCUCACCAGUGUAAUGUGUGUCUCAAAAAUUUCCGUCAGGUCAGUUGUCUACGGCGACACAUGGUCACUCACUCCUCUGACCUACCAUACAGCUGCCAAGUGUGUGGCAAGAAAUUCUCCACAACAAUGUACCUAAAGUCCCACAUGAAGACCCACACAGGUGAGAAACCAUUCAAGUGUAACGAGUGUGGGAAAGCAUUCGCUCAUCAGUCAGAUGUUACUCGUCACAAGAUCAUUCACACAGGACAAAGACCUUACGAGUGUGAAGUAUGUCAUGCCAAGUUUAGCGACCCAUCUAGUAAGAGGCGACACGAGCGGGAACAUGUAGGAGUAAAACCAUAUACAUGUCAGCUGUGUAGUGACUCCUUCAAACGGGCUGGACAACUCAAGGCUCAUUUGAGUCGUAAACACACAAACGAGAAGGAUGAGGUUUCAGUCGUUCGUUCUGACACUGGUGACAUACAGUUCAUAUUCAAAGAUGGUACAAAUCUAGUGCCUGACAUUAAUAAAAAUGAAAAAAAUGAGAGUACUGUUUCACUCACAAAACAAAAAAAGAUUGUUAAGUUAAUCAAAGAUCUCAACUCAUCAAUGGUGCAACAUGUGCAAAUAAAUUUGCCAUCCCAAGACUACAGUGAAGGAGAAAGUGGGCAGACUACCUCUCAGACUGGGGAACAUUUGGAGCCUGUGGAAACUGUUGUCAUGGAAACAUUGUAUGGAGACAAACAGAGGUUAGACACGAGUCAGGAUGGAAUCAUCAUACAGGACCUGCGAACUGUUACCACUGAUUCUGAUAUACAGCAAAUUGUCACUGACCAAGGAGUCCACUUACAAACCAUGGAUGAAAAGGAUCAACGUGUUAUUGCAAUCGCAGAUGUGAAUGACAUUUUACAGAAUGCAAGUGACCGAUCUGAUGUACCAGUGGAAUACCUUCAGAUUAUUGAAGAGCUUGCACCAGACUCCCUAGAACAACAAAUAGUUGAAGUUCAUUACCAGGAGGCAGACCCUCCAACAGAGGGUACACCAAGCUCACCAUCCAGUCAAAAGAAUGAAACACAUAUAACUCCUCAGAUGGAUGUUGAAGAAUUAGAGUCACCCCUCACAGCGGAGGGAAGUCAGCAGAGUGGGUCUGUCUCUCUCGACUAUGUAACCAGCCCAGACUUUAGUAGUCAGCAGUAUUACAACUGGCUAUCUAGCUUCACAGAGCUCUGUAAGGUGGUUCCUAUGCCUCUAGAUGUGUCCCUGUUCCAAAAGAUUAGCCAGGUACACAAGACCCUGUCAGAUGUCAUGGCUACACCCUCAGGGGUGGUGGCUGAUAAAGAAAACUUUAAAAUCCUGAUGAACAUUUCAAAAGAACUAAAUACUAUCAUUAAUGAACAUCUUUGUUAUGUGAUGCAAAAUCUAGAGAAGGAGUGACAAAGCCCUGCAUCCUUUUACUUUUCGGGCUGACCAGGUUGGUGUGUUUAAGUCACAAAGUUCAGUUUUUAAAUUUCCACUUUUGUGUUCCUUAAUAAGUUUCAGUAUUGUUAGUGUUUUGGUUCUUAAUCUAGUCUUUAAAAUGGUUUCUUAUUUCUUACAGAGGAGUUUUAGCUACUUCUUUUUGUGAAUAAAGAAAUUUAUAUAGGAAUUUUUAUGCUUUUCUCCAGCAUUGAAGAAACUUAAUUAUUUUCCUUAAAAAUCACAAAGUUAAUGACAUGUACAAGAGCCUUACAUGUACUUAAGAUGAUUUCUCCAUGGGAAAAAGUUUCUGUUUAUUCCAGCAUUAUAAUUAUUAUUUCUUCUGUUGUGAUUUCUAACAACAUUCUGAAGAACAAGAGGGUAUCAUGUUGCAAAUGUAUUUAGUUAUGUUGACAGUGAACAAUUAGGUCUAUAUCCUAUCCUGCUUUGUGGGAUACUUGUAUAUCCCUCAAACUUUAAUAUGGUUUUGAAAUGAUUAUCAAACAAUAAGAAAAACAAACAAAAUAUACAUAAUAUUAAUCAAUAUCUGUUAGACUAAAAAAAGUAUGGUAAUUUAGAUCAAGGAUUAUCUCCCCUGAUGUUAAUUUAUUGAAAUCAUUCGCAUGAUACCAGUGCUCCUAACCUAUUCUAAUUUUAUCUUUUACUAUCAGUUUUCUUUUGAAAGUUGAAACUGGUAAUUUUUUUUUGAAAUUAUGAAAUUCGACAUGAUACAAAACAUAGUUAUCAAAUAUAUUCCUUGAUAAUUUCUUAAGACAUUGGCAGAUUUUUACAACAACAGAUAUUCUAGUAUGUUUAACUUAUCAAUUUUAGUUACAUAUAUGAUCGCAACAAACAUCAAAUAUUCAGUGGGUUUCACCAUUAUUUUAUUUAAG